GUUAUUUCGAUUCAAUUCUGGUGAAGUUUGCGUAAUUGUGUGUCAGUGAUGGCAUGUGGGGCCUCUUUUGGCGGAAAAUGCCAUUAAGGGGGUACGCAAGUCAAGUGAAAUUCUUGUCCUUAGGGGUUUUACCACCUGCAUCGAUUUUGUUGUGUUUUCGCCCAAGUUAAUUUUAUUGCUUGUUUUGGUACAGGUAGCGCCCCCUAGUCCCACUCCGAGUGCCGACGAUGCUCGAAAAUACAUCAAUUCGUAACUGAUAACCUUCAUGUCAUUUAAAAACAGAAAAAUAAUCCAAAAAUAGCUCACAUUGCUAAAAACAUGGCAAGUUUGAAAAUUCUCCCCAAGUUUCCUCCAAAUCUCAGAACAUUUGCGACGACAGCCCCCAAAAGCGACGCAUGGCUCUCGAAAAUCUUCGUGAGAAAGAUCGAGCCGACGAAAGAGUCCCAUAGUCGUAUGUUGAGCGACAAGGAGAUAAUCUACGCCCUGCAGACACACAAUUUCAGGCCUGACUCAAAAGUGGCUUAUUUGAACACAAUCAAGCAAACGGUCGAUUUUAUCAAAGCCCAGAACUCGCUCGCCGCCGCCGUGGAACUGGUGGGGUCCUGGACCGUCAAUGUGGGGGACCAAGACCAGGCCUUGCAUCUGUGGAAAUUCACAGGGGGCUACGAGAAAAUCGACUUAUUCAACAACAUAAUCAGCAGAAGUGAUGAGUUUAAGAAAAUCUCGGAGGAUCAGGGCAGAGUCGUGCGUUCGAGACACUUGCAGUAUCUUCUAGCGUUCAGUUAUUGGCCCCAAAUCCAGCUYCGGAAGCCCCRUAACAUAUACGAGAUACGGUCMUAYGCCCUGAAGCCUGGGACCAUGAUUGAGUGGGGCAACAACUGGGCGAGGGCUAUCAAUUUCCGGCAAAACAACGACGAGGCCUUUGCUGGGUUCUUCUCCCAAAUCGGGAGGCUCUACAACGUGCACCACAUUUGGUGUUACGAGGACUUGAAUAAGAGGAAGGAGACUCGGGAGAGCGCUUGGAGGUCCCCAGGAUGGGACGAAUGCGUGGCUUACACGGUGCCAUUGAUCAGGGAAAUGCACUGCAGGAUUAUGGUCCCGACUGAAUUCUCCCCAACACAGUAAAACGUAUUACUAUUGUGAACUGAAUUGAAUAUAUAAAGUCGGUGCAAAACAGUUAAAGCAAUAAUUUUUAUUUACGUAUAAAAUACAUCUUGUUAUAUUUUAUUGGUAGCCACAGCGAAAAAAUAAAUAGUUAUCAGCCGAA